AGUCCAAUCACCGCACGACAAAGCAGCUCUCCCGCCCUUCCAUCGCUACCUAUUCAACAAUACCAAGAAUGUCAAAGUGCUUCGUUGGUCCUGCUGCCGACGGGAGAGCCAGGAGGCUUCGGUCGAGCGACAAAGUCGACAGCUCUGCAGCUUUACCAAGAUGAAACUCAAAGAAGACCUGAACCCUGUGCUGCUGCACAUCAUCCACCUCAUUGUGUGCAUCUACACCUGCUUCACCUUCCUGCCCUACUACAUCUUCACUUUGGUUUCCGGACCAAAAGAGCGGGCCAUGAAACUGAAGGCUAUCUCAGUGCUGGGACAACCUGAGGGACCUUACAGAGAUUUGAAGGCCGCAAAGGAACUGGUGACCUGUCUGCGCCCGGGACUGGACACACUGGCGAAGCUCUUUACAGAUACGGCCAGGAGAUUCGCGGACAGAGAAUGUCUGGGAACGAGGGUGGUGAUCAGUGAGGAAGAUGAGCAGCAGAGCAACGGCAAGGUGUUCAAGAAGGUGAUUCUAGGAGAGUACCAGUGGCUGACCUAUGCGGAGACCCUGUCAGCAGCAUCCCGGCUCGGCGCUGGUCUGUCAUCACUGGGGCAGAGACCAAAGCACAACAUAGCUAUCUUCUGUGAAACAAGGGCCGAAUGGAUCAUAGCCGCCAUGGCCUGCUUCAUGCAGGGUUUCCCAUUGGCGACUUUAUACGCAACACUGGGGGGUCAAGCCAUCGCUCACGGCCUGAAUGAGACGGAAGUUACCCACGUCAUCACCAGCAGAGAGCUCCUGGAGACCAGACUCAAGGCUAUUCUGGCUAAAGUUCCAAAGCUGCAGUGCAUCAUCGUAGUGGACAACACGCCAACCGCGUGGCUCGGCUAUCCCCGUGGCGUUAGCAUCCACAGCAUGGAUGCCGUGCAAAAGCUUGGGGUUAGACCAGAUAACACAGCAAGGACCAACCAAUAUCAGCCUCUGCCUUCAGACACUGCGGUCAUCAUGUACACCAGCGGAUCUACUGGUCCACCCAAAGGUGCCAUCAUUUCCCACAGCAACAUCAUUGCUGGCAUCACCGGACUGGCCGAGCGGAUACCCAACCUGAGCGAGGAAGACACCUACAUCGGCUACCUCCCUCUGGCCCAUGUCCUGGAGUUGAGUGCAGAGCUGGUGUGCCUUGCUCAUGGCUGUAAGAUUGGCUAUUCUUCACCUCAGACCCUGUCGGACCAGUCCACCAAAAUCAAGACGGGCAGCAAAGGCGACACCAGCGUCCUGCAGCCCACUCUGAUGGCGGCCGUGCCUGAGAUCAUGGAUCGUAUUUAUAAGAACGUGAUGGCCAAGGUGGAGGAGAUGAACCACUCCCAGAGAACGCUCUUCACCCUGGCCUACAACUACAAACUGGAGCAGAUCGGCCAAGGUCACGGUACCCCCCUGUGUGACAGACUGGUCUUCAAGAAAGUCCGUUCUCUCCUCGGCGGUCGUGUACGACUGAUGUUUUCGGGUGGGGCCCCGCUUUCCGCCGCCACUCAACGCUUUAUGAACGUGUGUUUCUGCUGCCCCGUGGGUCAAGGCUACGGCCUGACAGAGACCUGUGGAGCUGGAACCGUUAGCAAAGUGUGGGAUUACAGCUGUGGGCGAGUCGGAGGGCCGCUAAUUUGCUGUGAGAUCAUGCUUAGAGACUGGCCAGAGGGGGGCUACCUCACCACAGACAAGCCGUACCCCCGAGGAGAGAUUCUAAUCGGUGGUCCCAACGUAACCAUGGGAUAUUAUAAGAACCACUUGGAAAACAAAAAUUUCAUGGUGGAUGAAAAUGGACAACGCUGGUUCUGUACAGGAGACAUUGGAGAGACUCAUCCGGAUGGAUGCCUCAAAAUAAUAGAUCGGAGUAAAGACCUGGUGAAACUGCAGACAGGCGAGUAUGUCUCCCUGGGAACCGUAGAGGCCAUGUUGAAGAAUUGCGCCAUGGUGGACAGCAUCUGUGCCUACGCCAGAAGCAGUGAGAGCUACAUGAUCGCCUUCGUGGUGCCCAAUCAGAAGCAGCUGCAGGCUCUGGCUGACCAAUAUGGCGUCCGCGGCUCACGGGAGGAGCUUUGUAAGGCCGAGGUCAUGGUAGAGCUUGUGCUCAAGGUCAUCAAAAACGCUGGCCACAAGGCUUGCCAAGCAGACAACCGCCCAUCCAUUGAGAUCCCACGCAAGAUCCACCUGAGUCCAGACCCCUGGACCUCCGAGGCUGGACUCGUGACGGAUGCAUUCAAGCUCAAGCGAAAGGAGCUGGAAAUCUACUACAGGGAUGAGAUCGAGAAGAUGUACGGAGGGAAAUGACCACAAAGGAGUCCCACAGUCCAUACGCAAAAGCUGACUCAUAUUUACACAAAAACUGAUGAUGAAACAAGACGGACGGUUUGAGUUUGGUCUUCCAUUUGCACUGUUUGGUACUCAGUUCCACUUUGGCCUCAUACUUGAAUUCAUCGCUCAAUUCAAGCACAAUCAUCACUUCAUGUACAUGAAGAUGCCUUCAAGAGCAGGGAGACGCCACUGUUGCUGCCCCCCCCCAGGUGUAUGACCUCUGUGGUCAGGGUUUUAUUGUGUCAGAUGGCAGUUAUGAAACACUUGACGCGCUCUGUUGAACUCGAGUAGCACGGCUGAGAGGCUGGGACUGAUGCAUUUCUCACACGAUGGUUUCUACGACUUUUAGAUUCUUAGAAUAUGACAAGAUGAUCAUAUUUGGGUCUUUCCUGCGGGUCAGGUGACACUAAGCUCCUUCUGCCCUGAGUGGAAUUGUUUUAUUGUCCACGUCUGUCAAGUUAGGAACAUUCCACAACACGUCGUUGAAGGAAGUACCUUUGUUAGCAGCUAACAAGGAAACAAGAUUGAUUAUCAACACUGUGCUACACACACACACACACACACACACACUCCCGUAUACACAUCAGUGUGAUUUUAAAGAACAGCACAGUUCGAACGAGGCAACACCAGGGGUCGUGUUUUUUCCCAAAAGCAAAGUCCAUCGUAUGAAAAGUCCAAAGCGUCAGGCAUCCAGGACAGGCGGGGAACACUUUGUGUUUUUUUGAGAUUCUACUUGUGUUUUCUUGAUUUGUCAUGGACAUUCUUAGUCCAUAGUACUGUAUCUAAUCCAGGGUGAGUAAAUAAAAAUAAGGUCAUUUGCUGCUUCACCGUCCCGUCUAAAUGCUGAUUUGAUAUUCUUGUGUCAUCUGUAUUUAUUUGACAUUUGCUCUUUUGCUUUGCAUCAACCCAGAAAUAAAGAUUUGGUGUCUGA